AGAGGAUGGAGAUGUUCAAGAGCCCGCACAGCUGCAAUUUUGUCGGACCUUUUUUUUCUUUUUUUUUUUUUUCAGGAUUUGCUGUAGUCUCUUACUUCCCCAUAUUGUAGUUUAAUUAUACCAUAAAAAUUAGAAACGCCGUCGUUGGCCAUUCCUCACGAGUCACAGUGUCACACCAGUGACCAUGUCUCUGAACCCAUUUUCAUGGCCUCUCUAAUCCCCAAAACCCUAAUUCCCAUUCGGUCCCUUCGACCGCUCACUCGCUUUAAGGCCACGGCCACCCGCGCCAUGAGCUCCGGGUCGACCAAGCGCGUCUUCCAGCUCAAACUCGAUCCGCUCACCGGCAACUCAGAAUGGGUUGUCAUCGAAGACCAGGACCAAGUAGAACAAGUCUCAGAGAUCCCACACAAACCCCUUUUGGGCACCACAUCGUAUUUAGACAUGCUCAAUGACUCUCCAAGAAACAGAGCCUUCCGCCAAGCUAUAGACAAGACAGUAACCAAGCCUUGUCAUGUACUCGACAUCGGUGCUGGAACUGGAUUGCUAUCAAUGAUGGCUGCACGGGCAAUGGGGUCCUGUGACUCGACGACAUACGGUGGAAACGAGGGAAUGGUAACGGCAUGCGAGUCUUACCUGCCAAUGGUGAAGUUGAUGCGCAAAGUUGCGCGCCUCAAUGGGAUGGAAAGAAAGAUUAAGGUUAUCAACAAGCGCUCUGACGAGCUCAAACUUGGCGUGGAUAUUCCUUCACGCGCAGAUAUUCUUGUUAGUGAGAUACUAGAUUCGGAAUUACUGGGUGAAGGGCUAAUACCAACUCUACAACAUGCGCAUGACGAGCUCUUGGUGGAAAAUCCACAAACAGUGCCCUAUCGAGCAAUUACCUAUGGCCAGUUGGUUGAAAGCACGUUUCUGUGGAAGCUGCAUGAUUUACAAAAUAAUGAAGCAGAAGCAUGUGAUGGCAUUCAUCUUGUUCCAAGUGGGUUGGGUAGCAUUUUAGGUGUAAAACCACAACAAUAUGCCAUGCAUUGUGAUGCAAUAAAAGACGAAAUAAAGCUGCUGUCAGAACCCUUCAAAAUUUUUGAAUUUGAUUUUUGGAAACGGCCAGACAGUCAUCGAGAAUGUGAGCUGCACAUAAAAGCAACUAAUGAUGGUAGAGUCAAUGCUGUAGUUUCAUGGUGGACACUUCAGCUUGAUUGUGAAGGAAACUUCUUUUAUUCUACUGCCCCCGGAUGGAUAAGUUCGUCAAUUGAUGCAGGUUCAAGGCAUUGGUGUGAUCAUUGGAAGCAGUGUGUUUGGUUUGUUCCAGGCAAAGGUAUCUCCGUUUUCAGGGAUGAAGAGGUUUAUUUGCAUGCCGUUCAUUCUGAUACUAGCAUCUCGUAUAAUCUUAAGACCCAAGCCUCUAGAACUGAGGUUACGCAUUAUGGCUUUGACACUUGGGAUUUGCAACUCAUACUAUCACCAGAAAGAAUAGCGAUAUAUGGAGACAAUGAAUGGAGGCAUUCCAUGUUAAAAACGCUAAGAAAAGCUUUACAGGAAAGAGUUAAUUCACUCUGCAUUGUUGCGGAUGAUAGUGUUUUCUUAACUCUUCUCAUUGCACAUCUUUCAAGAACAUCACACGUAAUAUCAAUGUUUCCGGGACUGCGAGACAAGGGUGCCCAAUAUUUGCAAGCUGUUGCCAAUGCAAAUGGUUUUUCAAUUGAUCAUGUGACAGUUCUUGAAAAGAGGAAAACAUAUUUGACUCUGGAUGAUACACAUCAGAAAAAGGUUGAUCUUUUGAUUGGAGAACCCUUCUAUUAUGGACUUGAUGGCAUGCUUCCAUGGCAGAACCUGCGGUUUUGGAAGGAAAGGACUGUACUUGAUCAUGUCCUCUCUGAAGAUGUACUGAUAAUGCCUUGUAAAGGAAUACUGAAAGCUUGUGCAAUGUCUCUCCCUGAUCUAUGGAACAGUCGUUGCUGCUUGAGUAAGAUUGAAGGUUUUGAUCAUUCACUUGUAAAUACAACGUUAGGGGCAUGUGGUGAAUUACCUGCCCCAGAAGAGGGCCCCUGUUUGCCUUUUUAUGUUUGGCAGUGUGGGGAAAUUAAGGAACUUGGACAGAAAUUUAAAGUCAUGGAAUUUGAUUUUUCAAAACCAAUUGCACCCUGUUACGGGAAAGCCCAGGUGGAUUUUACUGAGUCUGGGAUUUGCCAUGGCUUCGCACUAUGGAUUGAUUGGGUGAUGGAUUCAGAGAAUUCCAUUGUGGUAUCUACAGGGCCAGAUACGAGAUAUUGGAAACAAGGAGUAAAGCUUCUAGCGCAUCCUGUUGCGGUUGGAAUCAAUGAAUCAAGAAAUGUUGGUGAACAUACUUCCAUGGUAUUUGAGGCAUCUUUCGACCCAUCCAAUGGUGAACUCAUAAUCAGACAUGACUUCCUAUGAUAUCUGCAUUUGUUACCAUUUGGGCUUUUAGAUAAUGGGCAUGUCUUAAAAAUAAUAGCUAAUUAAUAUAUCAAUGGGAAAAUCCUCGUUGCAAUGUAUUUUAGAGUUUUCAUGGAAUUCAUUCAAUAAGACAAGGUUUGUUGUUUUUAA